AAUGUAAUUAAAUGUUCUAGUUGCUGUCACUUGACAGUUUAAUUUUGUUUUAAUUCGUGUUACGUUAAUUUCAAGUUUUAUUAAAUUUCUUUUCAAGAAAUGUGUUUAUCAUGGUUUCUGGAGAAGAUUGUUCAUAUACGGACGCAACAGAAUCUUCUAACAUAACAUCUCUGCAGACAGAAUCUACUUAUUCGGUUAAUGCCAAUGUUAAGGAACCUCUUUGUGACCCUGUGAAUAGAGAGGACGAUCCUUUUCAACAACUUAACUGUAGGUACACCGGGAAUUCAAUCAUUUAAACAGCUAGAAUUCAGGUAUAAAUAUCGCACUUAUUAAGUUAAAGACUGUAAAUGUCGAGAGAUACAUUCAGCCGUACACCACGGAGCAUCUCUGGAACCAUGCAAGAAAGAUUCACCGAAAGAGAAGAGUUUGGUAGAGCCGUCUUCAAAUCCAUGUUUAUGUCACGGUCACAAGAUGUAAUACAAGUAUUCCCAUUCUAUUUAACAAUUAUUAAUUAACCACAUUUUUUAUUUUCUAGCAGAACUUAUACUUUACCUUUGAAGUACAGAGAUGGUAAUCACAUCAGCCUCUUAAAUUAUUUAUCCUAUCACUAACAAGGUGACUUCUUUGAUUUUUGUUUUAUAUUAAUCUUAUUAAUAAUAUCAUAUAUUCUUUAUUAAUUGAAACACAUUGCGUUUAAUAUAAUUUAUUUCAGUUAGUACAAUCUAAAUGCUUUGCUGAUUCUUUUUUUCUCGAUCUAUUUCCAUUUCACUCGAAAUAUGACUUUUUCAGAUAAAUCACGACUAUUUUGGUGUCCCUUUAAGUGGAAGUGGCCAAGGAAGGAAUACUUAGAAAGCAAAGACAAAUCAUACAAAGUGAAAUUAACACCAAAGAAAUGUCCCCAUUAUGCGGAGGUAGAGCACAAUAUACACAUUAAUAGAAUAACAUUAUUUUAUUUUUCCUUUUAUUCUUAAGUACGAACAUUAAAUAUAAAAAGUAUAUAAACAAUUGGUAUACUUAAUGCGGAUAACAAUGCACUUCAUUUAGCCCUUCAUGUGCUGUGAAAUAUCAGAAGGGAUACCAAAUAAAAAGAAACACGAUGCGCCAGAAUCAGUCAAUACACCACCAAAGACGGAAAAGAAAAAAGUAGAAGUAACUGAGAAAAUUGACAUCUAUUACUUCGAUCAUGGGAACUCUGCAUAUUAUCAAACGACGGAUUCACCGCCGAUAUUAGCGACCGAGAAAUGCGCCGAGAAAACCGACCAAGCAGCGACUCGCUUUUGGGCCGAGAUAUUUGGGACUAUUCAUAUCGGCACUGCUUUCAUCACAGCGUUUAUUCUACAAUUGGUUCGAUUUAUACUUUACAGUAUAAUCCGACCGCUGACUGUGGGCAUCUUGCAAUUGUUGGCGGACUAUUUUAUAAAACCACUAUUGUCGAUUGUGUUUAAUGCCCUGAUACAGCCUGUAUUGAUAUUGUUAUACAAUAUUGCAACGUCUUUCAAGGAUCUUUGCGAGCCUAUCGCAGAAGCGAUAGGGCUGUUCCUACGGGAGAUUGCACACGUGUGUGCGGCGAUUCGAAUCGUCGAGGUGAAACAGGGUACCGCUCCCUCGGUUGCUUGCACUUGAUGAUCGGAUAGAAGAAAGUGCGAAUUCUCAAUGACGAAGAAGGGAAUAAGGUAUCAAAAACUCAUAAUUCCUUCUUACGUACGACUCGUAAAAAAAUAGCACCAUGCAAAUGUUGGUUUAGGGAAGUAGCUUCGGAAUCUCUGUUCCCAAACUAUUUUAAUUGUAUACCUCUCUACCCUGUACUGUAUCUGUUUUUCAUUGUUUAAGGUUCAGAGGUGAAAAAAGGACGACCUAUUAUAUCUAGGUGAUUGACAUUAUCUUGGUAUUUGAACGAUUAUGAAGGAAUCGAGGUAAAAAUGAACCGUGAUUAAAUAGAGUAAAACAAAUCUAACCCAUUAAGAUCCAAGUGUGUUCGCUAAGUACAGGCCUUUCUAUUAGGCAUUGUUAUUUAGAAUAUUUACGACGCAAUAUUUAGAAAGAAGGAAAAACGUUGCUUUCUCUUGAACUUGCGAGAUUCCAAAAUUCUUUAAACAGCAGAUAUUGUAUCGACUUAAAAAAGGAUUUUGUUGGAUCCCAAAGGGUUAAGAAGUAACUAAAUCCUUUUAUCACAUGUGCUUAUAAAAAAAGAAACUUAAUAUAAAGCGUAAUUUGUGCGUAUGAAUGGUCACGUCAAGCAAAUUAUAAACUUAAUCCGCUGACCUUCCGUAGAUGAUGAUAAAUUAUCUGGAUCAUCGAUUCGAGAAGGCAUUGUCCCAGGAUACAAUGAUGUGAACUGUAGAAGAUUCGGGAACAGCUCGGUAGCAGCUGUUCGAGUUUCAACGAAUAUAACACAUGCCUUAACACCAGGUAUAUAUUUGGUAUUAUUUAAACUUUACAAUAUUAUCAUCAGUUUCAUUCAUUUUGUUAUUUUUUGCUUUUUUUCUGUCUUUUUUUUGUUUUUACAGAACAAAUUAUCCUCUUAUAGCAACUAACUUUGUCAAUAAUAAUUAAUAAUCAUCCUUCGUCUCUUUCGUAUAUCUUACUGUUUAAUAAAUUAUGUACAAUCUCACAAACAACAAACGGAGGAACCUAAUUACAUCAUGUAGUUGUUCACACUUCGCUAUGUACAGGUACUACUUGGUUUUUACAGAAUUGCGCUUUCGCUCCACCUGCGUAUGUAGUCGUUAAUGCUUAAACUCUGUCGUUCGCAUAUUCUAUUUAAAAAAAACAAAAUAGAAAAGAGAAAGAGAGAGGAGGGGAGAGAAAUAGUAAGAGAAAGAGAAAAAAGAGAAA